AUGUUUGCUACGACCUGUGCUUCCGGCCAGGGCCUGGUGUACUGCGUCGCGUACGCUUGGAACGGAAAGCGUUUUGCGUCUGGGGGCGCCGACAAGACCGUCAUCAUCUGGACCAGCAAGGGUGAGGGCAUCCUGAAGUAUACCCACGGAGACUCUAUCCAGGCGCUGGCCUACAACCCUGCUACCCAGCAGCUGGCCAGCGGCACCGCAGGCGACCUGGGGCUCUGGUCGCCGGAGCAAAAGGCAGUGACGAAGCACAAGGUCCAGUCCAAGAUCCUGUGCCUCUCAUGGACCGCGGACGGCACCCUGCUGGCAAUGGGCUGCUACGACGGCAGCGUGUCCGUGCGCGACCGCGCCGGCAGCGAGCGAGCGCACUUCAGCGCCGGGGCAACACCCGCGUGGAGCUUGGCCUGGAGCCCGCAGGACCAGCCCAUCCUGGCGGUGGGCCUGCUGGACGGCCGCCUGCGGUUCUUCACCUCCAGCGGCACUCAGAAGCACAAGGACAGGGAGAUGGCCGGUGACCCCCUCAGCCUGGCGUACUUCAGUGAGGAGUACCUCCUGGUGGGGGGGACAGACAAGUCGAUUCAAAUGCUGACAAAGGAGGGCGUCAGCCUGGACUCAUUUCCAGGGCGCGGCAGCUGGAUCUGGCGCCUUGCCCCGCGGCCGGGGUCCAACUAUGUUGCUGUGGCGUACGAGGAUGGCAGCCUGGCCAUGAUCCAGAUCAUCUUCAGCACGGUGCACGGCCUCUACGGGGACAGGUAUGCGUACCGUGAUGCGAUGACUGAUGUGAUCAUACAGCACCUCAUUACGGAGCAAAAGGUCAGGAUCAAGUGCAGGGACUAUGUCAAGAAGGUGGCGGUGUACCGCGACAGGGUGGCGGUUCAGCUGGCCUCCAGGGUGGUGAUCUACGAGCUGGCGCCAGCAGAGGCCGGGGUGGCAGUCGACGACAACGACAUGCAGUACCGGGCCUGCGCCAAGAUCAACGCCAGCUGGGACUGCAACCUGCUGGUGGUGGCCAGCGCUCACCUGGUGCUCUGCCAGGACAAGCAGUUGCAGCUGUACAACUUUGACGGCGUGAAGGAGCGCGAGUGGAGCCUGGACGCAGUCAUUCGCUACAUCAAGGUGGCGGGCGGCCCACCCAAGAGGGAGGCGCUGGUGGUGGGGCUCAAGAAUGGCCAGGUUGUCAAGGUGUUUGUGGACAACCCGUUCCCCAUCCCCCUGGUGCACCACAGCUGCGGCGUGCGCUGCCUUGACGUGUGCCCUGCGCGCACGCGGCUGGCCCUGGUGGACGAGGCCGGCAAGGUGGUGGUGUACGACCUGGAGACCAAGGCUGUUGUGUUUGAGGGCGAGAACGCCAACAGUGUUGCGUGGAACGCGGACUGCGAGUCCAUGCUGUGCUACAGCGGGGGCGGCGCGCUGACCAUCAAGACGGGGGACUUCCCGCCUCACAGCCAAAAGAUGGCCGGGUUUGUGGUCGGCUUCAAGGGCUCCAAGGUGUUCUGCCUGCAGUUUGCCAGCAUGCAGACCAUCGACGUCCCGCAGAGCGCGUCCAUGUUCAGGUACCUGGGUCAGAAGGACUGGGAGGGAGCGUACCGCACCGCCUGCCUGGGGGUCACAGACGCAGACUGGCGCGCGCUCGCGCUCGCGGCGCUGCAGGGUUCGGAGGUGGAGGUGGCGCGGCGUGCGUUUGUGCGCGUGAGGGACCUGGGGGCUGUGGAGCUGGUGGACAGGGUGGCGGCGGGGCUGAGGGGCGGACUGCCGCAGGGGCUGCUGGCGGCAGAGGUCAUGGCCUGGCAGGGGCGGUACCAGGAGGCGGCGCGGCUGUACGUCAACGAAGGACGCCUCGACAAGGUGCUGGAGAUGUUCAGUGCGCUGCGCCAGUUUGACGAGGCCAAGAAGUGGGCCGACGAGUUCGCGCGCAGCGGCCGCGCCGCAGGUGGGUAG